CAAGCACUAGUCAUCGAGAGAUCAUCUAAAACCUGAAAACUUUGACUUUUCUUUAAAACACCCGACAGGGACGUUGUCUGAAAGAGUACAUCAUUGAAAGUUCUUCAUCAGCUUGUUUUCACAGUUGUAGAGUCGUGUUUUCAAAUGACACCUAAACCACAGCAAUAACUGUUUGCUUACUACAUCGAAACGAGUGCAGAAAUCAUGACGGCGGAGCAGCACGGUCUUUUGGAAUUGGCAAAACAUCAGCUCAAUUUGGACUACGGUGACUUCGACAUGUCAAGAUUUGAUGUGAAAAAGGAGACGGCAGUCUUGGGACCGGACCGCGCAUUUAUCCAACAGUGCAGUGUACACGUACCCGGUUCCGUGUCCACCACACCACUGAGCACCCCGUGCAGCUCGGUGCCUUCAUCUCCCAGCUUCAGCCCAAAUGGACAGAGAAGCGGUGCUGAUGAUCUCUACUGGACCCUGAGCACGGGAGCUUACCCACAACACCCGGAUCCGCACUGUCUUGAACUAACCCCCGAGGAUGUCCGCGAAGCCCUAAGUGCAAAUUUCAUGCAUGGACACCCGGCGCCUCAGAUGCAUCAACAGCAGCACCAAGCAGAUAUGGAGGGAUACAAGAGUAUGGGUCCUUUCCACGGCCACGCGCAAAGCAUGCAUCAGUAUCAUCCCCAGCAGUAUACUGAACUCCAGAAUCCUGACGCGCGCCCGCUUGCGCACGACUUUGAAAAAGUCGACCAGUUCAUGCAACAUCUCGACUGCUCGUCCCAAGGUGGGACACACCUGCUGAAAUCGCAUAAUGUGCAGCAGCAGAACCACAGACGAAACGAGCGCGGCGUGGAGAGCCGCUUCUCGGACCAGCAGCUUGUGUCAAUGUCCGUGCGCGAGCUCAACCGACAUCUCCGCGGCAUGACCAAGGACGAUAUUAUCCGCCUGAAGCAGAAACGCCGCACGCUGAAAAACCGCGGAUACGCACAGUCCUGCAGACACAAACGGGUUCAGCAGAAACACAUACUGGAGCACGAGAAAACCAGCCUGGUUACGGAAGUGGAGCAGCUAAAGCACGAACUCAAUCGGCUGGUGCGCGAGAGAGACGCGUAUAAACUGAAAUGCGAGAGGCUUGUUGUGGGAAUGAACUGUCAGAAUAACGGAUCCACCAGUGAAAAUGCAUCAUCCCCUGAAUAUCUGCGAUAAUUCAACUUUUAUAGCAUUUUUGGAUGGACAUGAUAUGUACUUAAGACUUUGGAGAGAAAGAGUUUUGAUUUUGUCUUUUUAGUAGGCUAUUUUAUAUUUUCCUUGUAGAGAAUUUAUCUCUGAGAUGUCAAGCUGGUUUUGAUAUUGUAUCUUUUAUCUUCUGUUUUCACAACACCAUCAGUCAUCCUAGCUAUGCAAAUGACAUUUGACCCUUUCAGCAAUAGAUGCAUUGUGUUGGUAUUAUUUGUCUGAAUGCCCUAUCAGGAUAGAUCAUGUGGCUUUGUUUAUCUUUUAUUUGUUUUAUUAUUCAACUAUCAGUAAUUUUGUUCCCUAAAGACUUCUUUAAAGAGUUAACAGUUGUGAUUCACGUUUUGUUACUAGAAUAAAUUUUUUCAAAUAAAGCUGUUUCUCCCUUA